AUGUUUGUACAAAUAACUGGUGUGAGACGUCAAGUGUUAAUAUCACUAUGCUUAUACCUUGGACAAUUAACAAUAGGUUACGCGUCCGCGUGGUCGGGGCCUGUGAUACCAAAAUUGCGUAACCUUGAAGAGUCACCACUCCCGUAUUUGCUCACGGAAUCCCAGUUGUCUCUAGUCGCUACUUUCAUUUACUUAGGAUGCAUGAUAGGUCCAUAUAUAAUGGUUUGGUUAUCAAACACAAAAGGAAGGAAGCCAUGUAUGAUAGCUGGUGCUAUAGGAAUAGCUUUAGCUUACGUUGUUUUGGCAACAGCGAACAAUCUGGCUAUGAUAUAUAUUGGUAGAUUCAUGGUGGGCUUCGGUGCGGGCACCAUUAAUAUUGUGAAUCUGGUGUACAUGGGUGAAAUGGCAUCUCCAAACAUAAGAGGUAUUUUACUGACAGUUUAUGGAGUUUUCUUCACAGUGGGAGCUAUAAUAUUGUACUCAACCGGGCCAUUUGUAUCGUAUUAUGGCACGACUUAUAUUGGUAUUUCUCUGAGUUUGGCUCACGCAUUCAGUAUAUUAUGGAUACCAGAGUCGCCCCUUUUCUAUGCACUUCAGGGUAGAGAACAGGAAAUGACAAAAGUAUUAGAAGACCUAGGCAGAUCGCAGGAUGUGGACAAAUUGCUUAAAAAGAAAGAAGAAUUUUCUAACACCAAUACCAAGCGGGAGUGGAUAGAAUUGUUCUCUAUUAGAAGUAAUAGAAAAGCCUUGUUUAUUGUCGGCGUAAUAAACAUUUUGCAGCAUACAAGCGGAGUUUUGGCUGUAGUGUUCUUUUCGGCGGCCAUCUUUGAUAUGGCCGGUUCGUCCAUAGAGUCGCAUUUAGCUAUGAUUAUUAUUGGAUGCUUCCAACUUUUGGGCAGUGUAGUUACACCUUUCUUCAUUGAAGGCACUGGAAGAAAAAGAAUUUUAGCGAUAUCAAGUGCAAUAUGCUCUCUAAGUAUGUUCUUACUUGGAACGUACUUUUACUUGGACCUAAAAGAUAAUCCAAUUGUGGAUAAUAUAAAGUGGUUGCCAGUGGUAGUUCUAAUCAUGUUCUAUAUCGGCUACGAUUCUGGUCUUGGCAUAAUACCAAAUGCUAUAAUCGGAGAGAUGUUCACAAGUAACGUCAGAAGCAAGGGUUCAACUCUAACUAUGACAACGUCGUGGUUCUUUGGGUUCAUGGUUACAACCGCUUUUGGUGCUUUACUGGAAGCUGUUGGAGGACACGUAGCAUUCUGGUUCUUCUCGUGUACAUGCGCGUGCGCAGUUCUUUUUACUAUAUUCUUCGUACCUGAGACAAAAGGAAAAACUUUAUUGGAGAUUCAAGAUGCUUUAUGA